AUGAGUUGCCAUUCGGUGUCAAAGGACUCGCCCACCCUACCGGAGUCAACCGCCACGGACAUGGGCUACUACAGCGGUCCUUUAGCUGGUAGCCAACAUGACUACUACCAGAGUCAGGCAUAUUCUCAGUCGCUUAAUCCCUACAGCUACCACCAUCACCCCCAAUUUACCAUGGGUGGGCUAGUAGGGGCUGAUGGCUUCAUGCCCAAGGAUGAUUACCAGUAUGGAGGUGGAUAUCGAUCUUAUGGACAUUUUCGGGAGGCCCCACCUCAGGAGCCAGCCGUGUCAGUUAAAGAAGAGCCAGAAACCGAGGUACGAAUGGUCAAUGGGAAACCCAAAAAGAUCCGGAAACCAAGAACCAUCUACUCUAGUUAUCAACUGGCUGCACUGCAGAGACGCUUUCAGAAGGCCCAGUACUUGGCGCUGCCGGAGAGGGCAGAGUUGGCGGCCCAGCUAGGACUUACACAGACACAGGUGAAAAUCUGGUUCCAGAAUCGCAGGUCAAAGUUCAAGAAACUUUAUAAAAAUGGCGAAGGACCAGGUUUGGAACACAGUCCUAACAACAGCGACUUCAUGGCUUGCAAUUCACCGUCCUCCCCACCCAACUGGGAAAACAGCCGAAGCCGAACUCCCCAGCAACAAAGUCUUCCUCACUGCUCAUCCCCAACCUAUCUUGAGAACUAUAAUCAAUGGUUUAACCAACAGAACCAACCAGGACCACAUCUACAGCCUCCUGAUGCCUUGCACCAACCGCCACCUAAUCCCGUGUAUUAA